AUGUCACAAAGUCAAACAUCCACCUCCAUUAAUACUGAUCUUUCUUCUGCCAAUCGCUCGGAAAUUACUGGUGAUCAUGUACAAACAACGAAACCCAUUCCAUUACUAAAAUUAGAAGUUCUUCGUACUAUUCGUAUUUCUCAACAACAACAUGGUUUAAGACAUGGAGAUUAUCAACGCUAUAGGUCAUUUUGCUCGAGACGCUUACGUCGCAUUAGAAAAUCAUUAGAAUUUACAUAUGGUAAUCAAAAAAAAUUUUUAAAACCAACAAUCACGGAUGAUUUAGUGGCAAAAGAUACAAGAUAUCUUUUAUUACCAUUGAUGUGUAGUGAGCGUGCAUGGGCUUAUGCUAUGCAAUUGAAAAGUGAAUCUAAUACUGAACCACGAAAAAAGUUCCAUUUACUAAGUCGAUUACGUAAAGCUGUUAAAUACGCAGAACAAUUAGAAGUAUUAUGUAAUCAUCAAAAGUUAUGCGAUGCUCGUACAAAACUUGAAGUGCAAGCUUACACGGCUGUUAUGAGUGGUCAUUGUAAAUUUGAAAUGCAAAUGUGGGAUCAGGCGCUCCAAUAUUAUAUUCGCGCACAAACAAUUUAUGAUAAUUUAAAAACGGGUUUAAUUAGCGAAGACGAUAAACAAAUGAUUGUACAACGUAUUGAAGAAAUAACUACGAAUAUUCGAUUUUGUCAAUAUAAAAGUGGGGAUAAAAAUGCUGCAAAAGAAUUGCGAAAUAUGAGAACAAAAGCAGCCGUAGAUGAUCCAGAAAUGGCACGAAUCUUGGAUAUAUUUUUAAGCGAAACUCAUCAACAACAAACCGCAACGAUGUCUGAAAUAAUGUGGAGAAAUCGUAAAAUACAAGUUAAAAACGAUAAAGUUCGAUUAUUUUUUUUGAAUCAACAAGAGUUUGAAGAUGAAAUCAAGAAAGGUGGCGUUUCAUUUGAUACGAAAAUGAGUUUAUACGAAAGUUUUCUAAAAGAAGCUGUUGAAACAUUACAAAUUGUCAAAGACGAAUUAAAAAAUGAUCCAACGUAUAAACCAGUACGCGAUGCAUCGGUCGUUAGUAAUGAAAAGUUAUCUGAUAAUGUUUGGCUUUACAGUUACAUAUCAAAAAUUCGUUUAUCAAAAAUGAUUGAAAGAAACUUGGCUAUGAUUGAUAAUGCAAAACAACAAAUAUUUAAAGCACCAGCAACAACAACAACAACAAAAAAUUCUGGUGAAGAUAUGUUAUUGACAACAUCAAAAAAAAUUACAAAACCAGCUGAUAUUGUUCGAAUGUAUGAUCUUUUACUUCAGUGCCUAAAUGAUAUGUCAAGCAUACCAGCAUUACAAGAUGAUAAAAUAUUCAAAGCAGACAUUGAGUUUCAAACAGCUGUUUAUAAAGCAUGCAGAUCUUUUUAUAUUGCUGUAUCGUUUGUUCAACAAAAACGUUUUAAAGAUUCAGCUGCAUUAAUUUGUAAAUGUGAAUCGUAUAUGCAACAGGCAAAAGCAAUGACUCAAACACAAAAUAGUGAAAUUAAUUAUCAAACACUUUUAAACGAAUUUAAUUUUAUUCAAUCACUAAUCGAUGAAACAAAAUAUCAGAUUCAAACUUCUGCUACAACGAGUACUGUUUCCUCACCAAAAGUUCACAAUGAUGAAAUAAUAGAAGAAAAAGAUAUUGAGAAAAAACCUCUUAUCGAUCGGUUGGAUAUAUAUUAUGAAGAUCAAACGUUAGCAAAUAAAAAUCGUGUGAAUGUUGUAUCAUUACCACCACCAUUUAAACCGAUUCCCUGUAAACCAGUUUUAUUCGAUUUAGCAUUAAAUCAUUUAAAUUUUCCAUCGUUAGAUGAUAAGGUACAAAGCAAACGUACACAACCGACGGUUUCAACAAGUGGUAAUGAAAAACAGCAACAAGGAUUUAUGGGAUUUGCAAAAGGUUUAUUUUCAUGGAGUGGGAAAAAACAAUAA